AUGAAACUCUAUGUAAUCCCGCUUCUUCGAACAAGAUACGCUUACUAUUGCCACGCUCCACCCAAAAAACAAACAUACCUCUUAAAAGCGACAACUUUUGCAGCGUCAAAGUGGGAAGCAUUAUCACACGCCGAGAAAACCAGCUGGAAAGGACGUCUUUACAUAGCUGGACAGAAGCUACUCGACAGAAUGGACUAUCAAGAGUAUUUUCUAAAAGGGGUACCGUUACGCGAGGAAUGGUCUGCUGAAGUGCCAAUACUAUACCCAUCGAAGAUAGUUUCACCAUCACAAAUCAAUUCAAAUCUAAGUCGAUUACUUGACAAACGACUCCCAUAUCAUCGAAAGUACAUGUUCUAUUCAGCACUAUUUGUGCCAUUGUCUGCUACCUUCACAAUUGUGCCAAUAAUUCCGAACAUACCGUUAUUCUACAAUCUAUUCAGAUUAUAUAGUCAUUAUAAAGCAUAUAAAGGUGCUCAACAUCUUCGACAGUUAAUCAGAGAUAAUCGGCUUUCGCCGCUUACCUGCGAAAUACUGGACAUGAUAUACAAAGACCUAGAUUUGGGUGAACACGAUGAUUCGGAACGCAUAAUUCCCGAAGAACGGAUAGAAGCCAUUGCAAAACAUUUUGAGUUGCCGGUACUUGAGGUCGAUGUGAAACGUGCACGGAAUCAAGUUCUAAGUAAGCUUAUUAAAGAGAAGCAAAGUGGGAGUAGCAGUAAUGGUGGUUUUGUUUCCAACAUUAGUAGUAAGAAUAUUAAGAAGGCUGAAAAAGGAAGAACAAAAACAUAA